AUGAAACAAUUUCGGAAUAAGGCAAAUUCCCUGCCCAUCUUUAAUGGACGGAUUACAGACACAACCACUUUGACGACAACUUCGCUACAGUUGCCACUGGCUGGUGCACCAGAGAAGAAGAAGAGCACCACACAUAAGCUUGCCACACGAGUAAUGCCGACCGUGUACACUAUUACCGAUGGACAGACGGGUGCACCGAGCACAUCCCUUGCCGAGGCCAUGUCGGGAAGUCACUUGUCUCAACCACCGGAUCCACAGUCGCUCCAGCAACUGGUGGUGCCCAAGGAGUCCCUCAACAUUGCCGGCACCGAGUUGGCCAAUUAUGAAAAGGUUCGCGUUGUGGGACAAGGAUCAUUUGGCAUUGCCAUACUCUAUAGGCGUAAAUUCGAUGGACAUCACAUUGUAUUCAAGCAAAUCAAUCUGAGUGAAUUGUCGCCGCCGGGACGUGAUCUGGCCAUGAACGAAGUGGAAGUCUUCUCCAAGCUACAUCAUCCCAACAUUGUCAGCUAUCUGGGCAGCUUCAUCAAGGACAAUACGCUGCUCAUCGAAAUGGAGUACGCUGAUGGCGGCACCUUGGCCCACAUCAUAGCCGAGAGACAGGGCAAACAACAUUUUCCGGAGCGUUAUAUCAUCGCAGUCUUUGAGCAAAUAUCCAGCGCUAUCAACUAUAUGCACUCGGAGAAUAUAUUGCACCGAGAUCUUAAGACGGCAAAUGUUUUUCUCAACAAGCGAGGAAUUGUCAAGAUCGGCGACUUUGGCAUAUCUAAGAUAAUGAAUGCCAAGAUUCAUGCCCAAACUGUGCUGGGAACUCCCUACUACUUUAGUCCAGAAAUGUGCGAGGGCAAGGAGUACGACAACAAGAGUGAUAUCUGGGCCUUGGGCUGUAUUCUGGGCGAGCUGUGCUGCCUCAAGAAGACCUUUGCCGCCUCCAAUCUCUCCGAGCUGGUGACCAAGAUCAUGGCUGGAGCUUAUACACCUUUGCCCAAUGGUUACACCUCGGGAUUAUGCAGUCUGUUGGCCAAUUUGCUGCAGGUGGAUGCUUCACGUCGUCCUACCGCCUCUGAGGUUUUGGUUUACUGGAUACCCUUGAUAUUUCGCAGUCUGGGCAAGAAUAAGGGCUACUCCUAUGAGGAUGGCCUUAGCGGCAAUGGAAGUCUUCUGUCUGCUCCAACCUCGCUCUUCACCAGCUGCAGCAAUUUGGCCAUGGAGCUGCCCACGGCGCAAACCGAGACGAGGAAACUAAUGAGCGCCGAGACAGUUGCACCCAAUGAGAUUAUAGAGAAGCGCUCGGUGCUCUACCAGCUAAAGUCCUUUGGCAACAGCUUCAGCAUGAGUCCCAUCCAGCUGCCUCCCAAAGCUGUAAUUGUCUGUGUGGCGAUGAGUGAAUCCCACUUUGUGGUCAUCAACGACGAUGGAUCCGUUUAUGCCUGGGGCGAGGGCACACACGGCCAGUUGGGAUUGACCUCGUUGGAGUCAUGGAAACAUUAUCCUGGUUUGGUGCAGAGUCUGCGCCAUUAUCACAUGAUCAGCGCUUGUGCCGGCGAAGGUUUCACAGUGUUCCUAACACAGUCUGGUAAUCUCCUCAGCUGCGGCAAUAACAUCAAGUACUCCUUGGGCCACGACGAACAGAAAAACUAUUAUACUCCCAAGCUGAUAGCCAAGCUGGCGGAUGUUCGCAUUGAACAAAUUGCCGCCGGAUUGCAUCACGUCAUUGCCUUGAGUCGCGAAGGUUCCGUCUACGUUUGGGGCACAAGUCUCUCGGGAGCUCUCGGCCUCGGGAAUUUUCAGCAGCAAUUAAAGUAUCCCCAGAAGGUCCUGCUCUCCCAUGUAAAGAGCAAGCCCUUGAAGAUAUUCUGCGGACCGGACACAUCCGCCGUACUCUUUAACAAUGGAGAACUGCAUGUUUGUGGCAACAACGAUUACAACAAAUUGGGCUUCAAUCGUACUGCCAAAAUUACAGCCUUCAAAAAAAUCCAACUGCCACACAAAGUUUUGAAAGCCUGUUUCUCCUCGGCACACUCGGUGUUCCUAGUUGAAGGAGGAUAUGUCUUCACCAUGGGACGCAAUAAGGAGGGACAACGAGGCAUACGCCAUUGUAAUCCUGUAGAGCAACCCACUCUGGUGGAGACAAUGCGCGCCCGUUAUAUUGUGAACGCCAAUUGCAAUGAUCAGUGCACCAUUGUGGCGUCCGAGGACAAUAUCAUCUCGGUGUGGGGCACUCGGAAUGGUCUCCCCGAUAUUGGCUCCAGCAGCAGUGGCCUGGGACUCGAGGUGUGUACUCCGAAUACGGAACUUGAGCUGGGCAACAACACGGCCGCCUUUACAAACUUCUUGGCGUCGGUCUACAAAUCGGAAUUAAUAUUGGAACCAGUGGAUAUAUUGGCUUUGUACUCCUCCAAGGAGCAGUGUGAACGCGGCUAUUAUGUCCAGGUGGCCGACAUCUUUCCCUUGGCCCACAGCGUGCUUGUGAUGGUGGAAACUACCACACCACUCAUUUCCUCCUAUGAGGGUUAGACUCCUCUCAG